GUGAAAAGCUUUGUUUAUGUACACAUACGAGCAGUGUAAUUUAUGGUUAAUUUCCAUUAAAAUUUAAAGUAAUAACUGCUUUUAAAGUAUGGAAUAUAUUUUAAAAUCGUAAAUACUUCUAGAAUUAUCUGUGAAACUUUGUAAAUAAUAUGUAUUGGCCUACUAAGCGAUUAUGUUCAAGUUUGGUCAAGAAUGUCUUAUUUUCGAUUAUAGUUAAAGUAUAAUAUCAUAAAGUAGUAUAUGUUAUAUUUAAAUAUAAUAUAGUUUAUGUAUAUAACUAUAUGAAUGUUUUUUAUAGCCCUGUUCUGAAAAUUUAAACGUUUUAUUUCACAAACAGAUAAAUUUUACCAAAAAUCAGUGCAAAUUUUACCAAAAAUCAGUGCAAUGUGCCCAAUAGAGUGUAUGACAACAUGAAAAUUCAUAGAAUUGAUUUGAGAAUCAAGGCCUACUUUAUUACUAUUAUUGGCUAGGACAACUAAAGAUUUUUAAAAGUAAUUAAAAAGGAUCUGUUAGUGGAGCCUGCCGUCGAGGCGUUUGGGUUUUUGUGAAAAAUGGAAAUAGAUUCAGACAUUACGAAAGAAGAUGAUAUGGCAUCAAGUUUUUCAGAAAAUUCACCAUUAUCAUGCGCUGGCUCUGAUGGAGCAUAUUGUAUUGGUGGGAGUGCAAUGGCUGCACCCAAAAGUCACGGAAGUGUUCGCUCAAGACGAAUGCCGUCAGUGGACCCAGGGUAUGUCUUAUGUAUAUGUCAUCAGUUACUGCUGCUAUUAUUUCUGUUACGCACUGCCUUCUAUAGUGAGAAAUUAAUUUCUUAUUUUAAUUUUAUGGCUCGUUCAAACAGUGUAUAACAAAGGCCAUACCAUAGAGAAAUACAAUAGCAAAAAUACGACACUCAAAACAAAACUGAUUACAAUUAAAAAGAUUUAUUUAAGUAUUAAUAUAGUUACAAAAAAAAGAAAUAUAAUUACAAAUCAUCAGCUUACAGAGUAUGGUAGAUCUUGUACCGGUACACAGUUAUUACAAUGUGCCAAUUAAUAAUGUACAAAUGAGGAAUGCAAAGAAACACAUGAGUACACAAAGAAUAAUACAUUUAAUUUGUCUCGUGAAGUUGAAAAUAUCUAUCUGAAUCUCUCCCGAUGAAUCUCUGAAUCCCCUUUUUUAACUAUGCGUCGGUAGAUUCAAAUCUUCUGGAAAUGUCUUCUACAUUGUUUGUCUUUCUAGUCAAUUAUCGAAGUUUCCCCCAAAUUCUAUUAGAAUAUAUUAGUUAUUUUUAGUUGAUAGUUGUGGAAAACAACGGCUAAGAUGAAAGGAAAUAGGCCACGCCCAAUAAGAGCGCCGUCUAAUGUGGGGUCAACCAGAGUUCACGGCACGGGGAAAGUGUGACGUAAGCACGUCCUACAUAACAAUUUCUAAGUAAUUAAUAUUGAAUUUUAUCAAUGAUUUAUUUGCCAUUUCUUUCUCAUAAUUCAGAUACAAAAUUCCUUAAAUUUGUAUCGGAAGAUAAAAAAUUAUAUGCAGUCCAAAAAUAAACAAAUUUGUCCAAUCUUACUUUGAUAACUUUCAUGUUGCUUUCUUUUCUUUAGCUCGGUUAUUCCGGCACGACGUAGCUCCACACGGUCAAUCAAGAGAAAAAAAUUUGAUGAUGAGCUGGUUGAGAGCAGUUUAGUCAAGACUGAACGUGGACGUAUGAAAACUGCAAUAACUUCUGCAACCACCCCAACACCACUUACGCCUGCUGGCCACUAUGUGCAGUCUCACUCAACAGUUGGACUCUCGCCCACAACUGCUGUGACUGAAGUUCUACUUUCCGGGUCACUGGUCGGAGGCCAGACCCCAACUUCAGUGCCUAGUCCUGCUGCAGCGGUAACAUCUACAACCUUGACAGCUGUGACACAAAUACAAGGCCAGCACAAAGUUCAAGGUAGGCUGACAUUAAGAUAACACAGUAACUGUUUAAGUUAAAUUAACAUAAUUAACAUAAUUAACAUGAAUUGGCUGUGGAAUGGAAUAAUAUAUAGAAAUAAUAAAUUAAACGCUUAAUGUUAAGUUGGGGAAAAGGUGUAAAUGCAUAAUUUACGGGUAAUUUCAUUUCACAUUAGAACAUAAGUAAUUUUAAAAAUAUCAAAAUAAUUGUAAUAAUAUUUAUAUAAAGUUUAACCAUAAAUUUUAAAAAUAUCUAAAUAAUUGUAAUAAUAACUAUAAAAUAUUUUUCAAGUUUGUUUAUUGGAUGUAUAAUUUCAUUUCAGUUGAAGAAACAAAGGAAGUAGUUCGUCACGUGGAUGUUGCCACAUUGGCUCGGCCGCCUGAUAAACGCAGCAAACCCAGCUCAGGAAAAUCUCAAAUUUCAUCAAAAGGUGCAGGAGGGAAAGUGGCUUCAUCCAAAUCAGUCGGAGGGAAAUCUGCUGGUACAAAGUCAAAGACUGGCAUCACAAAAUCUGGCCACUCAAAAUCCAAGGUUUAUAUUUAUAUACAUUUACCACUUAGUCCUUUUGUUUCAUACACUCCCACCAGUAAAUAGCUGCAACUUCACCUAGAGAACACAUAAUAAUAAUAAUAAUAAAGUUCAUUUCAAAAACACGCUUCAUCCCCAAAGGCUCGAAGCGCGGUACAAAGUCAACAAAAAACAAAUCUAUAAUUUACCACAUUUAAAACAAACGCAACACUACAAAAACUAAUUACAAGCAUAUAAUAUCAAAGUCUUUCUAGCCAUUUCAACCCGGAGCAACACAGACAUUAUGCAUUAACUCGAAAAUAAGGUAGACAAUCAUCCCAGAAGGUGUUUGCGAAAUAGAUGUGUCUUUAGAUCGGUUUUAAAGGACUACAGUGUCUGGUUGUUUCUGAGAUCGACACGAAGGGCGUUCCAAAUUGUUGGACCAGCAAAUGCGAAAGUGCGCUUUCCGUAAGUCUCAAGGCAAACAAGUGGUGUAGAGAGUUUGCCACUAUCGGAUGAGCGGAGCUCUCUAGUGGGUACAUAAGGCGUCAGCAGCUCUUUCAGAUAGGAUGGCGCCAGGUCAUGUAAGCAGCGGUAGCACAAAGUUGCGAUUUUGUACUCUAUGCGAGCACGCACUGGCAGCCAAUGCAACUCUCUCAGAAGUGUUUUUGCAUAGUCGAACUUGCGUUUGCGGAGAACAAUGCGAGCCGCAUUAUUUCCAAGGAGCGUAGCUGGAAGACCCACCAUGAGAGCAUUGCAAUAGUCCAUGCGUGAUAGCACAAAUGCAGACAUCAACCUCUUUGUUGUAUCAAUUGUUAGGAAGGGCCUGAUGUGACUAAUCCUGCGCAGCUCCAGAAAAUCGCCUUGCAUAGCAUGUUAAUAUGACUUUCAAAAGUUUGUCUUCUAUCUAGGUAGACACCCAAGUACCGCACUGUUUGAGCUAACUCAAUAGGCACACCUGAGAGAGUAAUGGAUGUUGUGUUAUUUGCAGAUUUAUGCUUCUGAGCGGUCGCAAUGGGGAGCAGCUCAGUCUUAUCAUCAUUUAAUUUGAGCUUGUUAAUGGUCAUCCAGUGAUUAACCGACUCCAUUGUCUUCUGUGUCAUACUGAGCAGCUGAGGGAACUGAGAAGGUAUCACGGAUUGAUGAAGUUGUGUAUCGUCCACGAACAUGUGAUACAACAUUUCAAACUGCCUGAUCUCUGCACAUAUACUCGAAGACUGCGGUCGCUGGGAAUUUAAAUGGUCAUGCUCCUCAAGGGGGAUACCAGAAUUACAAGUACACUGUAAAAGGCAAUAGAAGAAUUCUAACUCUACAAACCUAUUCACUUUACAGAACAGUUGACACCCACUCUUCUCCACAGAGCUCAAAACACACUCAGUACACAUGACCUAAUCAUCUUCUCUUCAGACUUACUAUGGUCAUAUGCCUGUGAUGUGACUCUCCAUUCUCUUUCCACAAGAGCUAUAGACCAAUAUCCCUGACCUCCUGCAUUGUAAAACUUACAUAAAGCAUGAUCUACAAUCAUCUUGAUUGGUGACUACAAACAACCAACACCCUCAAUGAACACCAAGCUGCCUUCAGAGCUGGACAUUGUACUGAUGAUCAACUCUUCAGACUGAGCCGAAGGUGGACAUUGUACUGAUGAUCAACUCUUCAGACUGAGCCGAAGGUGGACUUGUACUGAUGAUCAAUUCUUCAGACUGAGCCAAAGGUGGACAUUGUACUGAUGAUCAACUCUUCAGACUGAGCCGAAGGUGGACAUUGUACUGAUGAUCAACUCUUCAGACUGAGCCGAAGGUGGACUUGUACUGAUGAUCAACUCUUCAGACUGAGCCAAAGGUGGACAUUGUACUGAUGAUCAACUCUUCAGUCUGAGCCAAAGGUGGACAUUGUACUGAUGAUCAACUCUUCAGACUGAGCCGAAGGUGGACUUGUACUGAUGAUCAACUCUUCAGACUGAGCCAAAGGUGGACAUUGUACUGAUGAUCAACUCUUCAGACUGAGCCGAAGGUGGACACUGUACUGAUGAUCAACUCUUCAGACUGAGCCAAAGGUGGACUUGUACUGAUGAUCAACUCUUCAGACUGAGCCGAAGGUGGACUUGUACUGAUGAUCAACUCUUCAGUCUGAGCCAAAGGUGGACUUGUACUGAUGAUCAACUCUUCAGUCUGAGCCAAAGGUGGACAUUGUACUGAUGAUCAACUCUUCAGACUGAGCCGAAGGUGGACACUGUACUGAUGAUCAACUCUUCAGACUGAGCCGAAGGUGGACACUGUACUGAUGAUCAACUCUUCAGACUGAGCCGAAGGUGGACAUUGUACUGAUGAUCAACUCUUCAGUCUGAGCCAAAGGUGGACACUGUACUGAUGAUCAACUCUUCAGACUGAGCCAAAGGUGGACUUGUACUGAUGAUCAACUCUUCAGUCUGAGCCAAAGGUGGACUUGUACUGAUGAUCAACUCUUCAGUCUGAGCCAAAGGUGGACUUGUACUGAUGAUCAACUCUUCAGUCUGAGCCAAAGGUGGACUUGUACUGAAGAUCAACUCUUCAGACUGAGCCAAAGGUGGACAUUGUACUGAUGAUCAACUCUUCAGUCUGAGCCGAAGGUGGACACUGUACUGAUGAUCAACUCUUCAGACUGAGCCAAAGGUGGACAUUGUACUGAUGAUCAACUCUUCAGACUGAGCCAAAGGUGGACAUUGUACUGAUGAUCAACUCUUCAGACUGAGCCGAAGGUGGACACUGUAUUGAUGAUCAACUCUUCAGUCCGAGCCAAAGGUGGACUUGUACUGAUGAUCAACUCUUCAGUCUGAGCCAAGGAUUCUUAGUGGUUUCGCAGACAUAAAACUCACUAGAGCAUUUCUUGUCAACCUUCAGCAGGCUUAUGAUAGUGUGUCAUUCAGGCUUACCCUGGAGGUUGAAUAAUGCAGUGAUUCAUGAGAAGCUGUAGAGGUGGUACUUUCUUACUGAUUGUACUGUCCAAAAAUUAAAAUCCACCUCAUCAAAGAGUAUUCUGGAAGAAUGGCUGCCACAAGGCUCUUCAUUGAGUUGUAUCAUUUUCCUUAUGUUCACCAAUGACCUCCCAGGCGAGUUGCAGGUGGAGAAGGCAUUUUACUCAAAUGACCUUGUAGUGUCGCAUACCUGCAUACACACUACUAUAAGUGCAAGACGUCUUAAUCAAGACCUGAUCAGGCUCAAUACAUACUGUGAAUAGAGGAAACUGAAGAUAAACAAUAUUAAGGUAGUAUAUUCAGUCUGCGCUAAAAGACAUAAGGUGACCAAACAGAACAUCUCACUAUCCUUACAAGGUAACAUACUUCAAAGAGAAGACAACCCAAGGUAUCUAGGUUUUCAGUUAGAUAGGCAACUGAAUCUAAAAAAAAUAUCUUCAAAUUUAAAAGAAAAUUUAAACAGAUGACAGAGCUUUUACAAAGAUUUGCUGGCCAGUUGGGUCAGUGACAUGACCCUGGCACUUGUACGAAGGAUAUAUAUGAUCAUAAUGGAAUACAGCUUUGUUCUGCAGUCAACUUGCAGCAAGACAGUACAGGACUUUAGAAAAAGUAUAAAGCCGGACAGUUCACUUCUUCUCGGGAGGUUUAAGAUAUGCUCGAAAAGCUCUAUGUGAAAUAUCUGUACAUAAUAAAAUUGAGCCACGAAAUCUAAGAAGAGAGUCGUGGCAGUACGGGAUAACAGAUGAAGAUAGUGUGUAAGUUCUUGACCACUUGACCAUGGGCGAAGGGCACGUACCCAAAUAUGUCCUGGAACUGAAUGAUGAUGAAGAGCUUUCAUUAAUCACCUUCCAUUGUAAUUGUCAUCUUUCUAUAACUUUUGCUGAUUUCAAGUAAUCUUUGCAUGAUCAUUAUCAAGUUACAACUAUUUAUUAAUAAGUUAAUUGAAGCCCCUCUUUUUAUUAAAGUAAAAGACAAAUCUCUUGUUGCAAAUGGCUAACUUAGGCAAUCUAAACAAGCCUUUAAAACUAUUCAGAAGUUAUUUAACAAGUUGAUGUGUAAUGGAAAACAAUGUGAGCUGCAAUCUUUAUAUGUUUACAUGUCAGACAGUUUAUCAUUGAAGAUCUUCAACAUCGUGUGAUAACUUUGUGAUUUUCAAUCAUGUGCUUCCUUCAAGACUCUGUUAUUUAUAAUAUUAUUUCUGCCCUCAGACAAAGUCAAAAAGGUCAAGGAAACAGAAGACAUCAACGCCGGCUGUGAAAGAUCUGGGCCGCUGGAAACCUCAGGAUGAUCUUGCUCUUAUUACAGCAGUGCAGCAGGUUCGUGGACUCUUCUUGUUAUUUGUGUCAUUGCUGGAAAUAAAUAUUUUAUUCUGUUAUUUGACACAAUUCGUGGAAACAAAUAAAUUGUCCAUGUUGGACAUUUUUAAAUGCACAUAUCUCAAUGUUAUUUUUGGUUCAGACUCUGCACACGACUCUGCACACAUACUUAAAUGGGUCAUCUACGUCCAGGGAAGUUGAUUACUUCUGCUGAAUAUUUUUCUGUAUUUAUGUGUACAUAAAUAAAUUAAAAGUAAUAUUAGGUAAGAUCACGAAGGAAUAAAAUAAUUAUUUUCGGAGAGAAAAGAGCAUAAUGGGUUCGUGAACAUCAUUUCCGCUUUCAUAUCAUUGGAGGGUUGUCAUGGUUUGGCUAAGUAAACAUGGAUCGGAUGACGUCACACCAUGAAUUGAGAGGAAAGAAAUUAUUCAGAGAAAGAGUAUACAUUUUAUUUGUAAAACUCUAUUAUUGUAUCUGUUUUAAUUAACCCUACUUAAAUUACUGGAAUUGAGUUUAGAAACAGUAAACAUCAUUUUGAAACCAACCCAAAUUGGUAAAAGUAGGCGGCAACCAUGGGCAAGCUGCUCUGUUUUAAAAAAAUUUGAACAUUCCAAUAAAGAGUAUAUUUUAUUAUAUUCUGUUAUAAUUAGAGAGUAGAUUUGUUUUCGACAACAGACUAAUGACUUGGGCGCUGUCCACACUGGGGUCAAGUUUUCUUGCCGGUUUACACUCAAGGAAAUUGAAGAGAGAUGGUACGCUUUACUUUAUGACCCAGCCAUAUCAAAGUAAGUGAAUGAUAAGUUCUCACACACCCCCCCCCCCCCAUUAAAGAGUAAAUGAUUUAUUUGCUACAGCACAUAAAAGUAGAAGAUGGAAAGUCUAUCCUAAAAUAGCAUCACUUUUGGAAAUCAAUACAAUGAGAGUUGAUAUUGUUUUUGAAUUAUAAUGUGUAAAAUGUGGGACAUAUCUUGUUAUAGUGAAAUGUUUAGAACAUUUUUUUUAUACAGAACAUGCAUUUUUAAAAAUUUUAAUUUAUAUGAUCAAGAGGAGUGUGUCAGUAACAGCUGCACCAAGAGCAGUGUGUCAGUAACAGCUGUACCAAGAGCAGUGUGUCAGUAACUGCUGUACCAAGAGCAGUGUGUCAUUAACUGCUGUACCAAGAGCAGUGUGUCAGUGACUGCUGUACCAAGAGCAGUGUGUCAGUAACUGCUGUACCAAGAGCAGUGUGUCAUCAACUGCUAUACCAAGAGCAGUGUGUCAGUAACUGCUCUACGAAGAGCAGUGUGUCAUUAACUGCCAUGUUCAUGUGUCAGUAACUGCCAUUUUCAUUCACAGGGUUUGGUAUUUUUUAUGACAACAUUUUUGUUUGAAUUUUAGACUGGCCAUGGAGGCCGCCAGACAACUGCACCAGGAAGCAGUUGCCACCAUUCAAGGAAAAGCCCUAUACAGUAAUGCAGAAGAGAAACUUUUGGGAACAUUUGCUUCUGUAAAUAUCUGACAAUAAGUUUUAAUUAUAAUAGUUCUGUUAUAAUUUAUUUACAUAGUUCCGUUAUAAUUUAUUUAAAUAGUUCCGCUUUAAUUUAUUUAAAUAGUUCCGUUAUAAUUUAUUUAAAUAUUCCGUUAUAAUUUAUUUAAAUAGUUCCGUUAUAAUUUAUUUAAAUAUUCCGUUAUAAUUUAUAUAAAUAGUCCCGUUAUAAUUUAUUUAAAAUACAAACUUCUGGAUGGAAUAUAAAUUCAUUUAAAUUUAUGAAAACAUGCAUUUGAAUUUUUCCAGCUUUCCAACAAUGAUAGUAUAGUUUUAUCCUAGAUUGUUGGGUGAGAAAAAAUGGAAGGCACAUUUUUAACUGCUGACUUAAUAGACUUAACGAUGCAGAAAAUUGUACCAUUCAUAAUAUUUUAAAUUUUUAUUUCCAUUGAAUGUGAGACUUAUGGUUCCUGAGUCGAGUGCAUCAGUCUUGAAUCUCUAUGAGUAAUUAAUUAGUUCUAACUUCUGUUCACUGACUUUCAGUCAGAAAUUAGGGAGAUGAUAAAAUAUGUAGCAUACAGAGAAUGGGAAAAUUUAUGAUAAAAUAAUAAGUAACUUAAAUAGAAUGGUAAAACAUGGAAGCUCCCAAUGAUGACCAUGGCCAGGAUGUCAACAUAAUUUUUGUAGAGCAUAAAAAAAACAAUUUGGUUGAUUUUUCUUAAGUGUAUUUAUGAGGGAAUCUUAUGUUCUAUCUUUAUUUGUUAAUAGAUUCUUAGGUCUACAUUUUGUAUUUUUAUCAUGGACUCAGCAAUCUGUUUCUUCUAUUACCUACUGUUUCUGAUUUUAAUUUGCUUUCUUCACAUUGUAGAUGGUAUAUUGUAGAAUUCAUGCCAAUGCUCAACAAAACAUAUCAUCCAACAAAUAAAGUCCAUAUUUUUGCAUAAAUUGAUGUGAUCUUUACCACCACCCAUCAGACCAGCCAACCCACUGUUGAGAGCUUCCAGACCCUUCUCCAACAACACCCCGAUGUCUUCCACCCGGCCCGCACGGCCAAGACCCUACAGUCUCACUGGCUGUUGAUGAAACAGUACCACCUUCUCCCUGACCAAACUGUGCAACCCAUGCCAAGGGGAGAUCACAUCCUCAACUUGUCGGACAUUGAAGAUUUUAUGAAUGAUGAUGACAUCACGUAAGUUGACUCCCUUUCUUUCAAAAAAAAAUUGUCAAGGGUUUCUGCUUUCUUGAUAAGAGUGUUGGACUGGGAUAAAGCUUUCAACUACCGUAGAUUAAUGAGACACAGACAAUUUGUGUCCAUAAAACAACAAAGGUUAAGCUUUAAUUAUGGUUACACAGAAUACAAAUGCCAAAGUUUCGGCAAAUGCCUUUUUUGAGUACAACAAAAAGCAUUCAUAAAGUAUAAAUGAACAUAAUAUAUAUAUAUAUUUAUCAAUAUAUUGGUAUCCUACCUAAAAAUGAAGGAAAAGAAUAAGAAUGGGCAUGAAAUUUUUUAUUUCUGCAUAGAUGUUUUUAUGAUUUUUGGAUUUUAUAAAUUUGAUGUUUUUGAAUUUUUUCAUAAUGAUUUUUGAUUUUAUAAAUUUACUGUCUUUGAAUUGUUCAUAACUUAAUAUGUUCAACUCCUUUUUUCCCCAGUGAAGGUCAAGAUGACAUUAUUGAACAAGGUAGGUUUUUGUGAAUCCUUUUUUUAAAUACAAUAUAAAUAUGGUACUGAAAGUGCAUAGCAUCAAGUACACGGCACACUCAAUAUUUCAUGAGUGUCCGAUAGAAUUACUUGUUGAACUAUAAAUAGAAUUAAACUGUUCGAACUUAUGAAGAUUAUUAUUUAAUUAUAAGAAAUACAUUUGAAUAUUUUAUUUGCAUAUUUUGUUCAGCUUUAAAUCCUUGAGUUUAACAUUUUCACCCAGAGCUGAGCUGAAUUUAAUCAGCCACAUGUUAACUCAACUAUUAUUUCCCCACAGAAUUGUCCCUAGUGGACAGGAGGAACAAAAGGGAAAUCCGUCAUUUGGAGCAGGAAAUACCAAAGUGGCAAGUCUUAGUGGACAGUGUCACGGGUCAGUUUUUUUUUUGUUGUGUCUUAUUUGUUGAUUACAAUUUUUGUUUAGCUAAUGUGACAUCAGAAAGAUCUACAUGUGGAAAAAACAGUUUAAUACAAUUGGUGUUAGAAAAUUUUUUAAAAAUCCUGUAGUAAUUUCCUUUAUUUUUUCUUGACUGUCUUGAGGCAUUAAGGCAUUAACAUCAGAUAUAAGCCCAGGUUAACUUGACUGUCUUGAGGCAUUAAGGCAUUAACAUCAGAUAUAAAACCAGGUUAACUUGACUGUCUGGAUGGCAUGAAGGCAUUAACACCAGAUAUAAGCCCAGGUUAACUUGACUGUUGUCUUCCAAAUUAAGUGUUUGGAGUUUGUUACUUAUUGUACAUCAUCAUUCAGAUCCAGUAACCAUUUUGGCUUGUGCCCUUUGGUCUGGGGCCAUGAGCAAGAAUAUGCACAAUCUCUGCAGCUGUUUGUAUAAAGGGUGUUGGUGUAGUCUGGUAUUUUUGGUUGGUAAUUAAUGUGUAAAUCCAGAAGUGCUGGGCAGUGGGAGAGGCGAUGUGUUACUAAACAGAUUCCAAGAAAUGAAGACAGUGAUGAGAAGAUAUAAUAUAGGGAGAGAGACAGAGAUACAUCUCUAUGACAAUUAUUUAUUUCAUCUGUUCCAGGCAUCAGCAUGCCAGACUUUGACAGCCAAACUCUUGGGGUUCUCAGAGGUCGACUGGUGAGGUACCUGAUGAGAUCAAGAGAGGUGAGUGUAUUAUCUGCAUAGUAUUUUGUUUCUGAGCUUUUGUAUUUUGGUUUUCUUAAUCCAGCAUAUAAAACUGGAGUAGCUUUAUCUUUAGCCUUUGUUAACACUUUACACUGGAGUAGCUUUAUCUUUAGCCUUUGUUAACACUUUACACUGGAGUAGCUUUAUAUUUAGCCUUUGUUAACACUUUACACUGGAGUAGCUUUAUCUUUAGCCUUUGUUAACACUUUACACUGGAGUAGCUUUAUCUUUAGCCUUUGUUAACACUUUACACUGGAGUAGCUUUAUCUUUAGCCUUUGUUAACACUUUACACUGGAGUAGCUUUAUCUUUAGCCUUUGUUAACACUUUAUAUCCACAUGACGCUGAUCAGUUUCAAAUGAUUUUAACCAUUACAUCAACCGAUUUUAACCUUUGCAUCAACUGAUUUUAACCUUUGCAUCAACCGAUUUUAACCUUUGCAUCAACCAAUUUUAACCUUUGCAUCAACGGAUUUUAACCAUUACAUCAAUUGAUUUUAACCUUUGCAUCAACUGAUUUUAACCUUUGCAUUAACUGAUUUUAACCAUUAAAUCAUUCACACGGCAUAGAUCAGCUUCUAUAUGACAUAGCAACUAGAUAAAUUCAUAAAUACUCUAUGCUUUGCUCCACACACAUUUUAGCACGUUUCCUAAAUGUAUAAACCAAAAUAUUUAUAUAAAAAUAGAUUUUUGAAAGUUAGAUGUGUAGUUUUUCAUAGCAAUUUUCUAAAAAAUGGACUUAGAUCAUAAAUUUGAUAGCAGCUUAGAUGUAAUUAGAGAUAAUUCAGUGAUUAAAUACACCGGUACUUGCUGUGAUAGUGGUAAUACAGAAGCCUGUAGUUAAAUUAACAAAGUUUAAUAAAUUUUGUCAGUCUUGACAAAGUUAUUGAGUUUGUCUUUUUAACCUGAUGCUUCAUCUUAGGAUAGGUGUUUUAUUACUGUAUGAGUUGUGUGGAUAUAGAGUGUUAAAGUAAAUUUGUCAUGUUAAAAUGGAAUAAUGUAUUAUAUUAGAAAUUCAUUGUAAAAGUUUCUUUUAUUUGGCCAGAUUUCUCUGGGAAGGUCAACCAAAGAUAAUCAUGUUGAUGUAGAUUUAUCCCUGGAAGGACCAGCUUGGAAAGUUUCUAGACGUCAGGGCAUCAUUAAACUCAGGUCAGUGCAACACUGAACAAACGAUAAGUUACUAUAACCUUUAUCUUCUAUGCUGAGAUAAUUAAUUGGCAUUGAACAAAGUUUCAGAUGAAUCAAAUAGAUUUGGUUAAUAUCUGAAGGGCCAAAACGUGGCUGGUGUUUUGUGUUGGACAAAGGCAGCUGUCAGGCUUAAAUGUAAAAUCUAAGUUUCACAAAUCGUUGGCAUCAUGAAUAUUUCUCUGACACAAGAUCAAAUAUAAAAUCUUUAUAAAAAUCAGAAUUGUUGACAUAUGUCUCAAUAUUUAUUCUUAAAUAUCUCCUUUAGUGAAAGUAGCUGAUAAUUCAAUCCAUUGAUUGUACAGAUAGAUCAUUUCAGAUUAUGUGGUCAUGGGUUUUUUUAUUGUGGUAAAUAUUUUAUUAAUAAACUCUUUGUAUUAAAUAUCUUACAGGAACAGCGGAGACUUUUUCAUUGCGAAUGAGGGCAAGAGGCCGAUUCUAGUGGAUGGGAGGCCAGUCAUGGCGGGAAACAAGCAGAAGUUAAACAAUAACUCUGUAGUAGAGGUAAAAUAAGAUGAGAUGGUUAAGAAACUAUAAGGAUGCGGUUACAUCUGUCUCGGCAAGUCUGGGGGAAAUGAUAUAGGGGGGGGGGGGUGUAAAAAUAUUAACAUCAAUCAAAUCGGUUGUAAAAGACCUCAAAGAGAUGGUUAAGAAACUAUAAGGAUGCGGUUACAUCUGUCUCGGCAAGUCUGGGGGAAAUGAUAUAGGGGGGGGGGGGUGUAAAAAUAUUAACAUCAAUCAAAUCGGUUGUCAAAGACCUCAAAACCAGAUGCUUGUUAUCCACAGUUACUCAUCAACAUAUGUGGAGAACAAACUAGAAAAAAUCUGGUGUUUCAAAUCUGGCUUGAUUCAUCUUCUAGAUUUUGUAUCAUUUGUUAGAAAUGGUAGUGCUUAGGCCAGAUGCUUCAAUGUUAUACAAAUCAAGAUUUGAUAAUUUGCAACAACAAAAAAAGAGAAUUUAUCUCAUAUAUUUGAAUUUUGAUCUUGAUUAUUACUCCUCAUGUACCUGUUAAAUUAGCCAAACCUUGUUUAUAGUUCCUUCUUAUGGAACUAAAAUUAUUCAUAUGAAUUAUGGAUCACAACUGAAUAAAGGAAUUUAUUGAAAAAAUGAUUUCAGAAGCAUUUGAUUUGAUGUAUAUUUAUAUGUAUAUAUAUAUAUACAUCUUAUAGGAAAAUAUUAAUUGAAAAAAAAUAAAUUUUUGUGUGCUUAAUUUAGCAAGUUAACCUUGAUUUGGCCAGCGAUUCAAGUCUUUGUUAUCAAAACUCUUUUUGCGUUCUUAGAGUAAUGAUUAUGAUUUUAUAUUUUCAGAUCUCUUGUUUGAGAUUCACAUUUUUGAUAAACCAAGAUGUCAUCAAUGCUAUCAGAGCAGAUGUGACCAAAACUGGAUCAGCCAUAACAACCGGAACAACCUGAUUGAACUAGAGAGCAAAUUUACCAGGAAACUCCACUGCAUGUGAUUCUAAAAACAAUAACUCUCUUAAUAUCAAACACUACCAAAAUGUAACAUGCUUUUGAAGAUAAUAAAGUCUUGUCAUUGCAUCAAUGGUUACUGCUGUCCCAUAAGUUUGUUGCUACAGUUGUCAUUGAAUCAAUGGUGACUGCUGUCCCAUAUGUUUGUUGCUACAGUUGUCAUUGAAUCAAUGGUGACUGCUGUCCCAUAUGUUUGUUGCUACAGUUGUCAUUGAAUCAAUGGUUACUGCUGUCCCAUAUCUUUGUUGUUUAGAGGUAUUUGGAAACCACAUUUGUUAUUGCACUUGUUGCUUUGAUGACUUGAAAAAUGUAAUGAAGAAAUUGUUUGCUUGCAUUGUUAUUUGUAUAUACCAUUAUUUGUAAAUAGGUCAGACUUCAUUAUACAUACCAGUAAACCCAAUUAAAAUGCUCCCACUUAUUGGCCCAUCCUUGGAGAUUAAGACUAUGAUUGUUAUCACAAGAGAAUGAUUUCCCGUCAGAGGCUGAUGGCCUUUUUAAGGGAAUUUAGAAUGGAUAAAACAGUUAAAAAUAAUUGUCAAAUAAUAGUACAGUCGGCACAUAUUAUUGUGAUCACUGGUUAUUUUAUAGAAUCAAAAUGUAGUUCGGAUAUAAGAAUCAAUUUCACAGGGCGAACAAAAUCAUAAAUCACACAUUAGAUGUAGCCAGUCAGAUUAUGUAUGGUUUUUAGCUUGACACUGACAAUGUCAGUAGUCUCACAAGAGUUGUCUUUUCACACUUAAGUGUGUCCUUUGUUGAUUAUGUGGAUAUUUAGGUGACACUGUGAAUUCAGUUCUGUGAUGCAGUGUUCUCCGAUUAGUGUGGCUGUGUUGUUUGUGCAGAUAAUAAAAUAAGUGAUUUGAUUUUGAAUGAAUUUGACCGUUUUUGUUUUUGCUCAUAAAAAUGGCAACUGCAAAGAACACAAUUUCAGAGAAAACCUUCCUAGAAAAAAGGUGGUGAUGGCAAGUGUAGAACUUGUUAUAUAUAUAAAAGUUGCACUCAAAUUUCUGUAGACAUGAGAUUACAAAAAUUGGUGCCUGCUGUAUACAUGUUGCUGCAUAUAUUCAGUGUUUUAUGCAUUUUAAAGUUAAAAAAUGUGUGUCGUUUAUAAAUAAGUUUGUGUAUCGUAUAAUUAUAAGUAUAAGGAAAGUUAAGUAGAUAAUAUAUUGUUUCUAAGCUUUGCAAGAGACACUAAUUACUGAUGGACUGCCAAUUCCGAGAUGUAUUACUUUAGUUAACC